AUGAUUCAAUCACAAAAUUCUCCUGUGUCUAGGUAUACUUUGAGUGAGGUGCUGAGUGAUAGCGAGUCGUCCGGUGACGACGAUGAUGAUGAUGGCCCCCCAACCUUUGAGUGGACCACUAUCAUCAAAAAGUCUUUGGUUGCCUCCACUCCAAAGCCUGUGGAGGAGACAAAAACCUCGCUCCUCACUGCACCCAAGUCUCCCAAGGACGACGAUGCCUGGAUCGACAAGCUAGCACAGAUGGACCUCACCAACGACAGUCCAAGCCCUCUGUUUGUCAUGAUCUUACCAGCCGAGGAAGAUGGAUGCUAUUUUGUGGUGGUUCGCCAGCG